CUAUAUGUUACUGGACAAUACGAGAAGUAUGCGUGUGUAAAUAACAAAAGAAAAGGCAAGACGGGAUAGCAGCAGCAGCAGGCAGCAACGCCAACAGAAGCAAGAGCAGAGCAGCACCUGGCAGCAAAAUCUUUGUGCCCCCCAACGAAGCGUGUGUGUGUGUGUGUGCGUGCAAGCAUCUGUGCGCAGCAGUGAGUACCGCAAGAGCAGGAGCAAGAGGCAACAAAAGAGACCAAGGCAAAGACAGGCAUAGCGUAUCGUUCGACGUCAAGAAGGAGGGCCACGGCAAUGUGCAACUAGUGUCGGCCACACGCACGAUCCCACUGUAAGCAGCUCUCAUGGCCACAUAGCCCCGCUUCAAUAUGAACCUGGAAUCGCUCUUUCGCGACUUCAAUCCCUGCAAAUUCAUUGUUCACUGCAGCCUAUUUACCUUUGUGACACUAUAUGCCUUGCGUCUGGAUGACUACAUUGAUUGGCCUUAUUGGGCCAUCUUUACUCCGCUGUGGAUUUGGAAGUGCACAGCCAUACUGGGCGCCAUUGUUGGUGCGAUUGUGUGGUGUCGCUAUCCCCACUACCGCCUCGAGGGCGAUGCCUACACGCAGUUCAAGGCGAUGCUCAUCUCCCUGGCCCUGCACCUCAUACUGCUGAUGUUCGAGCUGCUGGCGUGCGACAAACUGACCUCGGAUCGCCACCUUUGGGUACUUGUGUUCAUCCCGCUGAUCUUCGGCUCGGUGGUCAGUGUGGGUGCCUGCGUGUGGGCCGUCAAGCAUGAUCGCUCCUUCGAGCUGGAGCUCUUUUUGGCCGUUAAUGCGCUGCAGUUUGUCUCGCUGCCGCUGAAGCUUGAUCGGUUCGUCUACUGGAACUGGGACGUGGUGUUUGUGCCCAUGUGGAUUGUCAUCUGCCUGAGUCUGGUCAGUGUGCUCUACAACAUCAUAUUCUGUGGCAUUAUGAUGCGCACCCCGGAGGUCUCACUGCAGCAAAAGAAGGCAGCCCUCAAUGCGGCCGUGGGCAACAUAUGCACGGUGCUUCCCCUGCUCUGCUUUCAGGUGGUCAUAUGCGACAAGCUAGAUGGAGAGCUAAAGUUCCCCUACAUUGUGGUUUUCUCGCCGCUGCUCGUCUCCAUUCUGGCGCUGAUCAUUCUCAGCUUCACCGCCAAGGGCGGCAACAUGUGGUGGUUCGGCAUUCGAAAAUCCUUUAGCCAGUUCCUGCUCUCGGCCAUGCCGUUCCUCCAGGAGUACGGCAACAUCAGCUACCAUGCCGACACGCAUAGCAAUGCCGGGCAGUCUGUACCAUUGGAUGCCUCCUCAUCCACCAGCACGGCGGCGGCCAGCGAGCAGCUGCAUGAGUUUAGCCGGCACGACAAGAAGAGCAAGAAGGGAGCCAAAAAUGAUAUACUAAAGCCGGUGGUGCCAUUCGUAAGCAUUGAUUUGCCGGACUAGACAACAGUUGCGGAAGAGCAGCGACAGCGGAAACAAUAAGAAAUCAAAUAGAUUUAAGGACACACAUGCACACCUAAGGAUAGGUGCACACACACAAUCACAUACAUACAUGAGCGCACAUGCAUUACUAUAUAUACCAUACCAUACCAUACCAUAAAUCGGCCGUAGCUUAUAGUCUCGUACUGAACUCUAAUUGUAAGCCUCAUGCUUAAAACUCGACCCUAUCCGUGGCCGCCACCCGCAGCACAACCAUCCAAACAUACACACAUGCAAUUGGGAUACGGAGAUCAUUUAUAAUAGUUGUACAACCCAGAUUUAGACGCAUACUAAAACGUAUUGCCUGAGAGCUACUAUACCCAGUUCCACAGUAAUGGUUGGACAGCAGGAGGAGCAUGUACAUACAUACAUAUGUACAACUAUUAUAUGAUCCAAUUUGAUACCUUCCCUCUCCACUCCUCUCCUCCCCCACACGUCCACACACACAAAGAAAACUAUGUUUAAAACGCGCUACGA